AAAUAAAAGGUGGUGAGACUCAGGAAAAGAAACAGACAAACACAAACCACCCACAAAAGGGAACCACUCAGAAGAAGCCAGACACAACCGUGCUAAUAUUUAUGAAGGAAGUUUCUGAAGGGAAAUCCAGACACGGUGAGAAGGUUAUCGUAAGGAACUAAUUCCAAGAGGGUAAGCAAAAUAGAGAGGUGGGGCUACUUUAAAAAUUAGGGCUUAUGGACAAUGUUUCCCUAGUUUCCACAGGCAUGCUCGAAUUGCAACAAAGCAAACCGAUUUGUUAUAAACCUUGUGCCGCAUGCAUGGACAGAGAUCCCACCGUGCGAUGUCAACUACCGAGACACUCGGGUGAUGGCUGCUGUCUGGAGUAAUUAUCCGCAUUAACCAUCCGUGAAGAGUUUGUGACUUGUGAAUCACCGAGCAACUCGAAAUGCGGCGUUUACAGCUGAGUUACGAACAAGCCCUCGGCGACGCACAGCUGGCCGCGCGACAACCUCCCGCAGGGCCCUUUGACGGCGUCCGAAUAAAAGUCUGCCAGACUGGAUGCCUCGAGGCGUGAUCGGCUCCCGGCUUUCGCAGUGCAUGGAAUUGGCAAGCAUGCGGGCAGGUAAAGGAUCCAUGGCGAUGAACAUACUAGGACCUGGCCCUCGCCCCCCUCCCUUACCCCACACUUUGUCGUAUAUUCCCAGGCUUUCCUUUUCCGUCGUUGCGUAUUUAAUCGCCUCAAGCUCCUGAUCUCCUUAAUGUGCUCCAUCUCUCACGUUUCUCGCACAUCCCCCCUACGAUUGCCACCACCUUCUGACUCUCGAUCACACUCUCUGUUUGCGUCGGCGCUGCUACUUUUUGCGACUUUGAAUUCCAGCUGUAACUUGUUGCACAUUUCCUGCUCGAGUGAUUUUCUAAUGCGACAGCAUUUGUAAAUUUUUGUGAAGCUCCAAGUUCCUGCCGCCGAUAUAAGAGGAGGCAGCUAUUACUGAUUCAGAUGUCAAAUAGUACGCGUCUAUUAGUAACUGUGGUUUAGCAGCAGGUUAGAGUUCAGAUGAUCUUGCAAACUUCUAAGAAGAAACCUUGCAAGCGAGCCUAGAGCGCUUAGAUAUAUUCAAAAGUAAAGAAAAGAAAAGAAAAAUUACUGGAUUAGUGUGUUUUUUAAAAUUAUCCUGUGAAAGUAGCCAAUAGAAGACUCCAUCAUGACAGGAACCGUGGAAUUUCAAAAUUUGUGCAUCAGCAUUGCGUACGAAGUAAAGACAGUCAUGCGGGACACCACCCUUUCUUUUUUCUACAAAUUGAUCUUCUGCUUCUUGAAAAUCGUAUGUGUCACUGGUUUUGCGUUGGGAAGAAAUCAUCCUGAGAACCGUACCCGAGCUCCCUCAUUGCCGCCGCCGAUUCCUACAUUUUCAACUUCCAAGAGACGAGGAGGUGAAGAAGCGGAGGCUGCAGAAGAAUCGAAGGCAAACCUCACCGACGAGACUCCAGAUUUUGAAUCGCAGUUUCGGGAGCUAGCACCUGAGGACGCUGAUGUCGAAUUAUGCGAGUUUCGGCCGAAGGUUGCGGUGGUAGCUCCCAUUUACGUUAGGACACCUCAGCAAAGGAAAGAAGUCUUGGAGUUAAUAUCGAGCCUCGCAAAUCAGACUUACAAAGUAGAACAAGUAAUUCUAGUUGACGAUUGCUCACCAAUGCCGUGGUACUUGAGUUCCGCAACUGGUCAAAAUGAGGAGAAUUUAGUUAAGCUUCCUGCGCACACAAGGCUUGUGAGGCGCCCUAAAAACCACGGCCCUGCGGCAGCAAGAAGUCUUGGACUUGGCCUGGCCAUCGCCGAACACCAGGCUCAGAUUGUCAAUUUCAUUGACUCAGACUGCGAGGCAGAGAGCCACUGGGUAGAAGCUAUGGUGGCAGCACAUUAUUCUGAAUUGAAGAAGAAGACUGCAGCAUCAGAUGGAGCUAUUUUGUCAGGGCUCACAUAUGGCUAUGGAAAUACCUUUGUCGACAAAUUUCAUGACCACUUCGGCACCCUGAAUGGCAGAAUCAAAAUGAAUGGUGAAGGUCUUCUUUAUGCUCCCUCGUGCAACAUCUCAAUCAGAAUCUCCAUGAACCUCAUUACCCAAGUAGGUGGCUUUGAUGAAAGUUUCCCGAAGGCUGCUUUUGAGGAUGUUGACUUCUGCAUGCGUGCCACCCAAUGCGGAAUCUUGACUCAAUGUGUGCCAAAUGCGAAAAUCUGGCAUAAAUAUCAAACCUCAAUACCUCAGUUAUUCCGCAUGUUUCAGAGGUACGGUGCCAGUGAGUGGGCUGUGAUUGAAAGACACCCCUAUUACUUCGAAAUGUAUGGAACUUCUUACCACAUUCCUUCUCAAGCUCCGAAGAUAAUCAGUUGAUGCAAUGGCCUGUAGAUAGGCUAAUUUCAAUUAGGAUUUCUCCCAUCUACCAGGUGGUAUUCCUCUCCGUAACGUAAAUAUACAGUAUCAGCCAUUUUUAAACUUACUCUCCCAUGCAAAUCUCCCUUCGUUUUUUGGUAAUGGAAUGGGAGACAUUUCCCUUUCAGAUGUUUGCGAGGACGAGGGGUGAUGAGAGCGUCGGCACCUGUUAUAGUCAGUUGUGUUAGAAACAUAUUUCUCGCCCUCCUUUAUACGGGAUAUGCAUGGGAAAAGAGAGUAGAUGUCUCGGAUCAGUGUGGCUUCGAAAUGGUUAUCAAGACAAGCAUUUUAUGUUGAUCUUUCUGACUGUUGCAUCAGUGUGAUGUACUUACAGUCUUUACAGCAUCAUCUCAUCUGAGGAAUUGACUUGUAUGUAAAAUUGAAAUUUCAUAUCAUACAUCUGAUCAAACAUAUCUUUUUCCA